UCAAGCACAAUAAUAUUUUUUCUUCUAUGAGUCAAUGGAAUCUUCGUGUGCGAGCUCUUCCAACCAGCAUCUAAACUGAAGUCCUAAAGCCCUUCUUGAAACUGUGUGGGCAAGGUUACCGCCCUCAAAGGCUAAGGGAGGCUCUGUAGGGCUACCAACAUCUGCAGUGAAGACAUCUUUCUUAUAUUUUCUCUUUUCAAAAAUUCUGUCAUUCACUGCAUGCAAAAUAGCAAUGUCGUCGUCUAAUUGGACUCCCAUCGCCAAGGUAUAUAAACCCCUGCAAGCUGGCAGCAUCGAUGGCACUGACACUGUGCCGCACGAUCGUGGAGUACUUCGUGCCAUGCUUGCGAAGUAUCACCCUAACAAACAAGUGGCUGGUGUAGCUCGCAGGACCCUGUUCGUCGGACGCUUGUCCCCAGAGACGAGCGAAGAAACGAUUCGCGAAUGCUGUGAGAAGUAUGGGAAGCUGGUGAACGUACGAUUAGUCAAGGACAUUGUCACCGGUGCAUCUCGCCGUUAUGCCUUUGUGGAGUUUGAUCGGAGCAGCGAUGCUGGACGUGCUCAGCAGCGCUUGAACAAGAGCACUCUGGACAGUCGUGAAAUCUUCGUCGAUUUUGAGUGCGAGCGCGAUCUACCUGGCUGGAUUCCUCGCCGCUUAGGUGGCGGUUUCGGUGGUCAAAAAGAAUCUGGUCAGCUCCGUUUUGGUGGUCUGGACCGUCCGUUCCGGAAGCCAUUCAAUGCCAACGCUCCAUCAUGGCGUGGUGGUGGCAGAGGCGGUGGCGGAGGUGGCUGGUCUGGUGGACGGAGAGACACUGCUCAUCGGCAUGGUGACUACCGCGGCUCUGAUCGUGACAGGGCAGAUGGUCGGCAAGGCGACAGUGGAGGUCGGCAUGGUGAUUCAGAUCGACAUCGGCGUCAGUAUGAGCGGGAAUCGCAUGACCGGGACAGAUCACCUCGUAGUCGACGGAGAGAGUGAACCGUUUGGACUGGACAAAGUUCCCAUUACACCUCGUAGUCGACGGAGAGAGUGAACAGUCUGGACCGGACAACGUUUCCUUAUCACCUUGUAGUCGACUAAGGGUGUGAACAGUUUCGACUGGACAGAAUCUUUACUUAGACUACAUCCUCAACCCGUCGCCACCAUGUGCUCUUAGCCAUGGAGUAGUGGCCGAAAGCUCUGUCGCAAUAUUUUAUUGGACGGAAUCUCUAGAAGAAAGUCAACCGGCUUUCACUGUGCUGUGUCCCAGCAACUGACGGCAUUCCAACAUAGUGUAUGUGUUAGUCAGUGUGCCUGUGCUGGGUCCUGCACACACCAUUGUCCAAGCGUACACAACAGUAUCGCAGUACCGUGAGGUGUCCGCCCUCUUGCGCCAGCCUGGUUUGUUCAACGCGGUCACGAGCACAAACUACCGGCCAAGUACACUGGUUAUUCCUAUACAAGUGCAAUACUGGGUCAUACCAGUAUUCAGUGCUCAAGGAGAGAAAAUGUGUUGGUUCUACAUGUAGAGGCAGACCAAUCUACUGAUGACGGUCGCUUCUUCUCUCUAUCAGCUGUUCAAGUGCUCUGCACCAGUCCAGCUGCUGCGAUUCACCGCCACUGCUAGCCAACACCACGGCAAGUUGGCAACACACCAUUGUAUACCCGCCACCGUGUCUCUCGGUAGUUACUAUCAACGUUCUAAUGGCGGGACGACGACGUGGCACUUCAAGUUCACCGCAGCGCCAGUCGAUGGAGAUGUCCCUUCAGUCAACUCUAUCGGAUACUGUCCACCGUACAGUCGUGUCUCAGCUGGCCUUCGAACUUGGCAGCUCAAUCAUUCCACCCCUACACGCUGACAGUGUGACGUUUAACUGUUAUUUGACUAUAGAUGAUGAGCCUAUCUGAUGAGGGCGUAGGUAAUCGUGACCUGUACAUGACUACGUCUUAGUGGUGUGCUCAUGUAUGUUGGAACCUGAACCACUGUGAAGGUAUUGGCUCAGCUUGAGUGCUCAGAGGGAUGUGUGUCUUGCGGUUCUCAGGCUUCUGAGUUGUUCAGGAUGUCACAUGGAAUUCAGUACAUCGUGCAGGUCGUUGAGCAUGUGAUUGUUGUGGUUUGAAUGAAACUCGCAGCACUGCCCACUUGCAGUUACUCAGGAGCGUGAGCAUGGCUUUGUAUUGAUUGCUACAGUAUUGGUUGAAGAGCAUCCUACACUCGUGAGUGUGAUCUCUCCAAGCCCUCCACCCUGCAGCAUGCGCUGCAGUAUGCAGUUUUCACAGCUGCUCGGCAAUGUACGAAGAUUCUGCUGCCAGUAUUGAUGUGUUUUUGAAUUUUAUUGUGGACAAUUCCGUCGCUGGGUUGCUACAGAACACUCCAGCGUAGUAACUAAUGUAUGGCGUCAACAGUCA